CUACUCGAAAGCACUUGAAUUUUACGAAAAAACACUUAAAAUCGACGAGAAAACUCUCCCUCCGAAUCAUCCUGAUUUGGCUACUUCGUACAGCAACAUCGGUGGAGUGUACAGCGACAUGGGUGACUACUCGAAAGCACUUGAAUUUUACGAAAAAGCACAUCAAAUCUACGAAAAAGCUCUGCCUUCGAAUCAUCCCUCAUUGGCUACUUCAUACAACAACAUCGGUGGAGUGUACAGCGACAUGGGUGACUACUCGAAAGCACUUGAAUUUUACGAAAAAUCACAUAAAAUCUUGGAAAAAGCUCUGCCUUCGAAUCAUCCCAAUUUGGGUUCUUCAUACAGCAACAUCGGUCAAGUGUAUAAUAACAUGGGUGACUACUCGAAAGCACUUGAAUUUUACGAAAAAUCACAUAAAAUCUACGAAAAAGCUCUGCCUUCGAAUCAUCCAGAUUUGGCUUCUUCAUACAGCAACAUCGGUCAAGUGUAUAAUAACAUGGGUGACUACUCGAAAGCACUUGAAUUUUACGAAAAAUCACAUAAAAUCUACCAAAAAGCUCUGCCUUCGAAUCAUCCUCAUUUGGCUGUUAGUCACUUGAAUUUUGCAUCAUGUUACGAAAGAAUGGGUGAUUACACAACAGCUCUUAAAGCCCUUAAAAAUGCUUAUCAAAUUCAGCAAAAAGCUUUUGAAGAAGGUAAUCCAGCUUUUGCUUCAACAUACAGCUGGUUUGGAAGAGUUUAUCGCAGUAUGAAAGAUUAUUCAAAGGCACUUGAUUACUUUGAAAAAUGCCUUGAAAUAGAUAAAAAAACACUACCUGAAAAUCAUCCAUAUUUUGGUAUAUCAUACAGUAAUAUUGGUGAUGUUCAUCGUUUAAUGGGUGAUUAUGAUAAGGCAAUGUCAUUUCAUCGAAAAGCAUUAAAUAUUCAAGAAAAUGUUCAAUGUAAUCCUACAGAUUGUGCAACGACAUAUAUAAAUUUAGGUGAAACAUAUCGUAAAAUGAAAGAUUAUACAAUGGCAUUGACAUAUUAUCAAAAAGGAUUAGAAAUACGUGAAAAUAAACUACCAAAAAAUCAUCCUGAUUUAGCUGUUGUAUAUCAUAAUUUGGCGAAAUUAUAUUUAUCUACUCGACAAUAUAAUAUGGCAAUGAAAAAUGUUGAACAAGCCGUAGAAAUUGGUCAAGAAAAAUUACCUUCAAAUCAUCCUCAUAUAUUGGAAUAUAAAGAAACAUUUGAAAAAAUUCGAAAGAAAAUGUAA